AAAAACCACCGGAUCAACAUUUCCGUCUCCUUAUCCCGUACAGAUUCAUCACUGCGUCAACACCUCUCAUUUAUUAAGUGUUCUACGUAGAACAAUGACCAAAGACCGGCUGUGUGAUCUGCAAGCGGCAUCCAAACGAAAAGGCGAUGCAUCCGAAGACGAUGAAGUUUCCAACGAAGGCGCUCUGGAUUUCGGCUACCAACUUUUAAUGGAGUGUGAAAAUGAAAACAGUGAAUAUCUCAACGAUUUUUUGGCAGAUGCGAACAGCGUGCGGAAAGACAUCGAAUGGUUAAAAGAAACCAUUCAAAAAGUCAAAAUGAAGCAUAGCACCAUUUUGUCAGAACCGGUGAUUAGCGACGCAACGAGGAAUGAACUGGACGAUCUAAUAAACUCCAUAAAAAAGAUGGCCAAAAAGAUCCAAGACAAACUUAAAUGUUUUAAGAUAGAAGUUCAGAGGGCUAGAAAAGAGAAUCCAACUUCAGCUGAACCGCGUAUCCGGGAGAUGCAGCAUGAGACUCUAACCAGAAAUUUUGUUGAAGUCAUGAUCGAGUGCAACGUUAUACAGGAAGAGCAUCGUCAGAGAUGCAAGGAUCGGUUCAAACGUCAAUUAGAAAUCACUGGACACUUGACGACCGACGACCAAUUGGAGGAAAUGCUUGAACAGAACAAUCCUGCCAUUUUUACACAAGAAAUUGACUGUGAAACUGCGCAAGCCCGUAAAUUAUUGGUCGAUAUCGAGGAUCGUCAUAGAGAUUUACUAAAACUGGAACAGUCCAUCUUUGAACUGAACUCAAUGUUUGUUGAUAUGGCUAUACUGGUUGAUAAUCAGGGGGACAUGAUUAAUCGUAUUGCUUUUAACGUCGAGAAUGCUGUUGACUUCGUUGAAAAAGCCAUAAAACAUACAAAAAAAGCACUUGUACAUCAAAAACGUCUAAGAUGGAAUAGAAUUAUAAUAGUCUCUAUUGUUGUUAUUAUAUUAAUCAUCAUUAUUGGUUCCGUCGUCGGUAGCCUAAAGAAGUAGUUGCUCGUUAAACAAAUGCUGUGUAACGAAAUUUAAAACAAAUUUAAUUAUGAUUGUGAUUGUAAAAUACAAGUUGAAUUGAAAA